AUUAAAAUGUAAUGAUCCAGACUGUGCAGCAGGGUUGUAACGCGGAGGGCUUUAGGACCUGCAGCAGCUCCAUCUCUGUGCAUUUCAAUGGGAAAGUUAUUCUAAUGGAGAUGACGGCGACACACACCUUUCCACGUCAGGAAGGAGGAAGACGCGCAGCAGCUGUGUUGGUAUGAACCCAGUGAGCUCCUCUCCUCUGCCCGCUGAGGAAACCUGCUCUGUGCACUACAUCUGGAUUAUUCUGCUGCUUCACCGGAUCUCAGGGCUGUGACAUGAGUUUUAUCACCAACUGGAGGCGCAGCGCGAAGAAAGAUGACAGUAAACAGGAUGACGUCCUGGCAGAAGACAUCCCCGACGGCCCGAACUCCCCCAGCCGGUUGUCAGUCAUAAACAGUCCAGAGUUGGAUCCCAUCAUCACAGACUUCAGGUUACAGCUGCCAGACAACAAAGAUGCUCCGCACUCAACAAAUCCAUCUAAUGGGUGCUCGCGGUCGGAGCUGUCUCUGGAUCUGGACGACUGCAUGGCCGCCCUGGAUCUGUUCCUCAGAAACGACUUUGACGAGGCGCAGACUCGGCUUAAAUGCAGGACCAAAGAGAGCAUGUACCACGCCCUGACCUACGCCACCAUCCUGGAGAUGCAGGCCAUGAUGACCUUUGACCCCCAACACAUUUUGACUGCAGGAAACACCAUGAAGGAGGCCCAGGCCAUCUGUCAGCGGCACCGCAAGAAGUCCAGCUUCUCCAAAAGCUUCACGGAAGAGGAACUCCACGCUGAGGUUUGCUACGCCGAGUGUCUCCUGCAGAGGGCAGCGCUCACCUUCCUUCAGGAUGAAAACAUGAUCAGUUUCAUCAAAGGGGGAAUCAAAGUGAGGAACAGCUACCAGACAUACAAGGAGCUCCACACGAUCCUGCAGUCCUCUGGAUACUCUCAUGGUGACAACCACGGCCAUUUUGAGGGUGGUGUGAAACUGGGAGUAGGAGCUUUUAAUCUGAUGAUUUCCAUGUUGCCCACGCGGACACUGAAGCUGCUGGAGUUUGUGGGCUUCUCUGGUAAUAAGGAGUUUGGUCUCCAGCAGCUGCAGGAGGGCUCUGCAGAAACGACCUUCAGGUCCUUCCUAUGCAACAUGUUGCUGCUCUGUUAUCACACCUUCAUGAGCUUCAUACUGGGCACUGGAGAAGGAGACGUCGAGGAUGCAGAGAAACUACUGCAGCCAUAUCUCAAAAAAUAUCCAAAGGGUUCUAUCUUCUUGUUCUUCGCUGGUCGAAUCGAGGAGAUCAAAGGCAACUUGGAUGCUGCUAUCAAGCGUUUCGAGGAGUGCUGCGAGGCUCAGCAGCAGUGGAAGCAGUUCCACCACAUGUGCUACUGGGAGCUGAUGUGGUGCUUCACCUACAAGAAGCACUGGAAGAUGGCCUACUUCUACGCCGACCUGCUCAGCAAAGAGAACACCUGGUCCAAGGCCACCUAUGCGUAUAUGAAAGCAGCAUACCUCAGCAUGAUGACUGCGGAUGAUUGCCUAACCUUUGGGGAGACUGCGUUCACUCUGUUCAGGCAGGUCCCAGGGCUGAAGCAGAAAAUAGCAGGAAAAUCUUUACCAACCGAGAAGUUUGCUAUCAGGAAAGCCCGUCGCUACCUUGCAGAAAGUCCCAUUCCUCUUCCUGCUCCUCCGCUGGAGAUGAUGUACAUCUGGAACGGCUACACAGUCAUUGGCAAACACAAGGACCUGACUGAAGGCAUGCUGAAAACACUGGAUGAGGCUCAGGCUAAACUAGACAGCAGUCCAAGGUCGGAGUUCACCAUAGAUGAUCAGUGUCUGCUGAGCCUCUUGAAGGGACUGUGUCUCAAACACCUGGGGCACCAAGAGGAGGCCGAACACUACUUCAUCCUCGUCCUCUGCAAUGAGUCUCAGAUCAAGUACGACCACUACCUGGUUCCUAACGCCUUGCUGGAGAAUGGCCUGCUGUGUCUGGAGCAAGGCAGGAAAGCUGAAGCCAUCAGACUGCUCGAAACCGCAAAGCAAAAUUACAAAAACUACUCGAUGGAAUCACGGACACACUUCCGUAUUCAGGCUGCUCUGCACAAGGCGAAGGGGGUGAUGGAGAACGACGUCCAUCCGUCCAGCCCAUAACACACAGAGGAGGGCACACUAGAGCAGAGACAGCUUUCUGUUUCAGCAGUCCCACAAUGCAACACUCAGUCCUGCCCAAUCGGGCAGGUGAUUUGUUUUUACCAUCAGCAGGGUAGGGGAAGAUGGAUGCCUGUUUUCCUCAUGUGUGCUGCCCUUUUCGGGCGAUUGCAGCUCUAUGUGGCCCUGACUGGCUAAGGCAGGUUUGCUGCGUCCUCUUCCAGAGAUAUAUUAUGAUGAACUCUGCUUCCUUGUGUGAUUUGAAAUAGAGACAAGUUGAGAAAUGUGCCUAUAUUUAUGAAACAUUGCUUCUAGCAGGCUUGUUUGUCUAGUACUGUGGCCACCCAUAAGGGUCGGAAACAAGGUGACAUUUGUUUAAUAUAUACAGCAGAUGGCCUUCACUACUGCCCCAGAAUAAAGAUGUGCUCGGUGCAGGGUGCACGGUUGGAUCUGAUGGAGCCAGAGUUCUAAAUACCCUCCGAAUAAAUUACUGACACCACCUGGCCAGCAGGAACAUUUGACUUGAUUGCUACAAAGCUCUCACACCUCUUUUAAUUUAAUGUAAAGUAGAGAUUGUUGAUCAAAAUGACUUGAAUAGAUGGGAGAUGAGACAUAAUUAUGUGUUGACAUAGUUUGACAUCAGGUACAUAUCAUACAUCUCAGCACACGGGCCAUGAAGUCUAUGAGACUGUUUUGUACCGUGUUGUUUUAAACCUUUUGGUUGGCAGGUUUCACCGAUAUUUAGAUAUUAGAUCAAAACCAACAUGACCUAAUUAGAUAAUAUAAAUGAUUUAUACGUUGGAUUCACUUUUACACUACAUAAGCUUUGUUCAUUGUGUUUCUCAAAGUGAGGGAACAUUUUAUUGUUUAUUUUUUCAUUUUCUUACUUUCUUUAUUUACAUUGAAAUACUUUCUUUCAGUCUCCUUCUGAAGAAAUAAUAAAAAUCUGCAAACCUGUUUAUGUUAUGGCUUUUGCACAGAGCUUUGUAAAUCAGCUAGCCAUGCAAACUCUCCAGAGUCAAAGAAUCGCAGUGAGAGUUGUUCUUUACAUUUAUAUAUUGUAAAUGGCACCUUUUACACAAAUUGUCCCGUUUUAAGAGGACAGAUGAAUGUGUCUUUUAGAAAGGCAGACCCCCUCCUUUUCUCCUCCUGGUGUGUGGGACAGGCUCCAACAGUACUUGAGCUUGAACAAAUAGGCCAUUCACGCCGAGCAGCGAAGGACUGCGUGCUUGUCGGCCUGUUGCAUCUUUAGUGAGUGAAGAAGCUCUGAACGGGAACCACCACAGUCGUCCUGCUACGUGAACGUCCUCUGCUGCUCCUGUAUCAGCCAUGCUUGACUACAACUGUCUAUAAAAUGACGUGAACAUCAUAACCUCGCUCCUGUGUCAAAUAAUAAUCUGUAUAUGAACAAACACUUGUAAUGAUUGAUGAUAAGACAGAAAGGGGUCACCUCUAAUCGUGUUGGUGGGUAGGUUAUUUGAAGGGCUGUGUCUCAGCAACAGAAUGUCCAAAACCUAGAAACUCAGAUGGUGUCUCAUGUGUUGGAAUUAGAGCACUGCUGAAUUAUUCAUGAUUAGAGUAAGGUUUGGGAUUCAGGACAAUGACUAGGAGUCAGUUUCAAUUUAUUUUAAUGGUGAAGGAAAUGUACUUUCAAUAUUGUUUUAUCAGCUGUUAAAUAAGAUGGAAUAUUUCAAAAUUAUAUUUAAUUUUCUGAUAAUUAAUUAAGCUUAUUUUAAUUUUUCCCCCAUUUGUUCUUGCCGAUAUAGCUGAAAGAAACUCUAGUUUCAAAUUUAGUGGCAUUGUGAUGUUUACAAUCAGCAUAUCUUAUUGGGCACGGCUACUACUGUGCAGAAUGACAUUCCUGUACAUACUGAAUGUUUCUAAUGUAAUUUAAGAUGAAAUGAUAAUAAGCAACUAAAA